AUGGAGGCAGAAGUUUCAAUUUUACUUUUCCUGGGUUUUACUAAAUCAGAAACAGAGGAGUGGGAGGAAACCGAUUCUGAUGAAGAAAAUGAUAUAAUUGGUGAAGAAUCUGCUGUUAAAGAAAAGACAAUGUCAAUUCAUAUAUAUAAAACAUGGUGGCGUUCUUUUGCACUUCAGCGUUUAUUACAUGAUCGGAUUGAUCCGACAGUUGAAAAACUGAGGAAAAAACCUCAAAUUCUAAAAAUUAAAAGAGUUCAAAGAUGUAAAACAACAACAAGUAUGCCUCCAAUGGAUACACCAAAUUGGUGUCUGACCGAUAAGGCUCUUAAAAGAUUUAAUCGUUCAACAAAUGAAAUUCCAACAUAUGAUUAUAAUACUGAUCAAGAUAAAGAAAGUGACGAAUAUCAUAACGAUGAAUAUGAAAAUAAAAAAAGAAAAAAUAAAAAAAACAAAAAAAGCAAAAAAAGGGGGGUUAUUCUUAUCAAUUGGCAUUUAUAAGAAUUGAUUAAAAUAAAGUUGUAUGUAAGAUUAAUUUGAACAUUCAAUACAAUUAAUUUUAAAAUAAAAUAUGUAUAUUUUU